GCUCGUUGUCUGCAAUACUACGGUUGGAAAGAGGUGUCGUUUGUAUUUUAACAAACAUGUUGCUGUAAUUGGUUAUUGAUCCGGGACGUUCGAAUCUGUGAAUUUCCAAGUUUACCGGGCUACAAACCUGUUUGUCUGACAAUUGACAGGUGAUGGGAGUAUGGAGACAGGUGUGGAUUCUGUGUUUCAUGAUCACUAUGAUCCCGGUUUCUCUUCAUGGAAGAAUAUCUGUAAACUUUAAAACUGGGCAGCCCCUCUAUGUAGCGCUGAAAAACACUCUGGUUUUGGAGGCUGUAUUUCACAAGGAGCCGGAAGAUAAGAUAGACAUUGUGUCUUGGGACCGUGAGAGAGGACAGGAGAGUGUCAGAAUAUCAGGGACCACCCAAGACCAAAGGAUAUCUUUUCAGAAGGAUGAUACACUUCUGCGGAUCACAAAUAUUUCAGAACAUGACUUUGGCAUCUACAAGGUUACAGUCACAGACAGUAAUGGAGAACAACAGCACAACUCAAUAGAAGUGCGCAUGAUGGAGAAACCUCCAAAGGUGUCCAUUACACAUAUGUUAGAGUGUGUUGUGGAUACAAACAAUGUGGUGCAGUGGGAUACUCCUCAGUUCUCAUGGUUUGUGGAUGGUGUUGCGGUAACCAGUCAAACAGCCCUGUUAGCAGAUGGCAGGAAACUCAACAUCUCAGAGGUCAAAGGAGAUAACUACACCUGUGUCAUCCAAAGCAGUCUUGGAAAAGUGACAACACAUUAUGAAACAUCUAAAGAAACUCCGACUCCUCCCAACUCUUUGCCCUGUUGUAAGGGACUGAUUGUGACUGGAGUUACAUUAGCAGCACUUUUCGUAAUUUGUGUAAUUUUGUUGAAGAGAAGCAGAAAUUGGCCUUUGUAGGUGCCGACAGAUGUGAGCGAGUUGGCUGGGCCUAAUGGAGUACUUAUGUUACAUUUUAAGAUUUUAUUUCAUUUUUAUUUAUUUUAUUUUCACUUAACAUGUAAACGUUAAGAUUUUAUGAGAACAAGCAUAAGUUAUGUUGCUAAUAAAAUGUAUUUAUUUUGUGAAAGAAAAUAUUAUGUUGUGUACCUCAGUUAACCUGAAUCAUAUGCAGACGCUGG